AUUCAAGUUCCAGUUGGAUAUAAUAUUAACAGUGGUAACGAGCAAGUGACAGGUGCGAAUAUGGGUAUGCCGUACAUCACCAAGUUCUGCUGGUGCAUGGGUCUCGAGCUCGGCUCCAAGGUCAUAGGAUAUCUACAUCUGAUGGCGUCGCUGGCGAUCGUGUGCGUGUGCGCGGCGACUGCGGGCAGCGCGUGGGGGCAGGCGGGGGGGCAGGCGGGGGGAGAGGGUGACGAGGAGGGCGUGUACUUGCGACUGGCCUCCGCCGCAAUCGUCGUCGCCUGCUUCAGUCUGGUGCACGUCGCGCUCGCCCUCACGCUCAUAUACGCCGUGCAUAAGCGCAAGAUGUUGGUGGUGCGCGUGUGGGCGCUGGUGAUGUGCGUGCUGUGGGCGGGCGCGCUGCUGUUCGUGCUGGUGUCGGCCGCCGCCUCGCGCCCGCACGGCUCCGGCUCCGACAUCUUCCUCGCCUUCCUCGAGGGGACCCUGUUCUUCGGCACGGUGGGGUACUGCAUCCUCUGCGUGCACAGCUACUACCUGGUGCUGCGCUCCGGCAGCGACAUGCAGGGACCCCCCAAGCACGACUACUGACUGCCUCGCAUCGACCUCCCACAGACCCCCCACCGGCAAUACCUUAUUUGAGUUCACCACAUUCUCCCCAUAACCCCAACCCACCAGAUGUGACAGCCAGAUAUUGGUAGCGUUGCCACAUUUGGACUUCAUCGCAAUAGUGUUGCCAGCAGCGUUACAGAAGUUUUAUUCAGUUUUCUUCUUGAAUGGUAACAUUGACGAGACUACAGAUCACUAUUUUUGUAUACACACCGACAACGCUAUCUGACGCGAUGGGCAUAAGUGAAACUAAAUUAUGACAGCUCACUAGCGCCCUCCUGACAACGUCUGAAAUG